AGUUCGUUUUCUGAACUAACGUUAACGAAUGGGGAAUCAUCACUGCAUCCAUCCCCCUGAAAGCUGAUUUUAUGAACUACAAAAGUGACAGUGAACGGUUGAACUGCAGUGGGUGCUUUAUUAGCUGAAGAAAGAUGGUGACAUAUCAGCGGCAGAGGCCUUUAAAGGCUGCAACGGAGAGCCCUAAUGUCACAGUGGAGAAUCAAUCUUUAGCAUUUGUGAAAAAGCUCCUUGCAGUUUCUGUAUCCAACAUCACGUACCUCAGAGGAAUAUUUCCAAAAGAUGCCUAUGUAACGAGAUAUCUAGGAGAUGUCCGUAUCAGAAUUUUGAAAAAUGACAGCUGUCCAGGAUCUGUUCAAUUAGCGAAAUGGAUAUUGGGAUGCUAUGAUGCUCUGCAGAAAAAAUAUCUAAGGAUGCUUAUUCUAGAAGUUUACACCAACUCCGGAAAACCUAAGAAAAUCACAGAGGGCUAUCAUUUUCAAUUUAAGUACACCGAGGAAGGAGUCAAAAUGGACUUUGUAAGUGCUGACCAAAAGAUUGAAUUACAACAUCCUUGGGAGGAAACAAAGAAAACAAGCACUACCCUCAUUCAGAAGCUUAACAUUCUGACGCGGAACCUGGGCCCUUUACCUAAAAACUUCGGACUAAACAUGAAACUUUUCUACUACGACAGUGUGACACCCCAAGACUACCAGCCCCCUGGCUUCAGAAACGGAAGCUGUGACGAGGUGAGGUUUGAGGGAUUCCCAAUGUGCCUCAAAAUGGGCGCGAUCCUAGCUCCCUGUCAUACUAUGAAGCUGAUGGUGACCACUGAAAAGAAUCGCAUAGAAAACAACUGCAACGACACUGUAUCCAAGGAAGCUUCGGAAGAACCGCCGAGGAAAAGAAAAGUGCCUAGACCCCUUUCGGACAAACCUGGGGAUGAAGUACCGAACAAACAUUCCAAGCUGAAGAAGAGCCUGACGUCUUCCGGAGAAUCUCUCCCAGGACAAGGUCCAACCCCACAAGAAGAGAGAGAGGCGAGCCGGGGAGUAAGCCAACAUCUGACCACCCCUCAUUCUCAGGCCAAGGAAAAUCACCCAGCUAGAGCUACUAAAAAGACUCAGAAGAAGGAUCUGAGGAAAACUGAACUGCCUUCCAAAACUAAAGAAAAUCAGAGGAGUCAGUCUUGUUCAGUGAAAGCUGGAACUGACUGUUACACAAAUUCAUCUCACCGCCAAAAUCGAGAAGCAAAUCCCAAAAGGAGGAGAUUCAGCGAACCAAAGUAGAGAUGGAUUUUUUUCCUUCCUGCCAUGGGGUCCAGGUUGUUUGUCAGAGAAUUUACCUUUGGAUCAUUUAAGCUAAAUGGCACUUGGAUUUAAAAAUAUGAGUUCUGAAGGGGUUGUCUUCGUUGUUGAGUUUUCACCCAAAGGGAGUAAGUAAUUAAUUAAAGGGAGGAGUAAGUUAAUUGUUGAGAAAAGCAUAAGUUAUUUGUUG